GAAUGGACCCACUAUUUACACGCGCACGCAGCUUUAUCGGACAGGUGUACCGGAGAAAGAGGAGCGCCGAAAGAAAGAGAUAUGGCUUCCAAGCGAUCCUCAUUCAAGAUAAUAUUGGGUUCGUCGUCAGUGGCUCGUCGGCGGAUUCUAGCGGAAAUGGGAUAUGAAUUCACAAUUGUGACCGCAGACAUAGAUGAGAAAGGUAUCAGGAAGGAAACGCCGGAGGAGUUAGUCAUGGCUCUUGCUGAGGCCAAGGCAGAUGCCAUCUUAUCAAAGCUUCAAAUUAAGGAUUAUUUAGCGGAGGAUUUGCCUCCAACACUGUUAAUUACAGCAGACACAGUGGUGGUGUAUAAAGGAACAAUUAGAGAAAAGCCGUCCAGUGAGGAAGAAGCACGCGAAUUUGUCAAAGGCUAUUCUGGCAGUCAUGGAGGAGUUGUAGGAUCUGUACUUGUAACCAACCUUAAGACGGGAACCAGAAAAGGAGGAUGGGAAAGAGCAGAGGUUUAUUUUUAUGACAUUCCGGAUGAAGUCAUUGAUAACAUGAUUGAGGAGGGGAUCUCUUUAAAUGUUGCUGGGGGUUUAAUGCUCGAACAUCCACUAACGUUGCCUUUUGUUGAAUCUGUGGUUGGGAGCACUGAUUGUGUGAUGGGACUUUCGAAAGCUUUAACAGAAUCCCUCAUCCAGGAAGCCCUCUAGCUGCUGUAAUCGUUUCACCAUCAUUUUGAUUGAACCAGAUAACAACUGGACAUGAGUCUAUGAACUCAAAAUUUUGAACCAUCGCUUUGAAAUUAUCAGCAGAGUGCCCAUUACAUACACCUGCAAAUUAAUUCUGUCUAGCCCAUGUUUCUUGUUUACAUUGAAUUAGAUCACAACUGAUUCAAUCGUCAACUUCAUAAAAAACAAACAGUUUUGAUGAUGUUCUUUGACGACUCCCGCAUCCAAGGAGCUCGUAAGAUUAAAAAUAUGCUAGUCGAUUCAUGGAGCACUGUGAAUCUGGUGCACCAUAUUAUGAUGAAUCUGAUGAUGCAUGAGUUGCUUUCAUAAGAAGUUAUGCUUUGUUUUCUUAUCUCGGUUGCAGCAGGAAAGACAUCCUCACUUGGGCCAAGUGGGGUGAACUCCCAAAUCGAAUUUGGGACGUGCUUCCCUGGAAAGCAGUAUCCAUCCAUAUUUCGUUUAGAAAGAAUCAGAACUACACAGCUUGAAGUAGGUAUUGGCUGUAACUUUCUGCUUAUUAAUUUGCAAAGCAAAAUUGAGGGAAACCCAUUGAUUGGGUAUUUUUCACAUCAGGUAAUGCUUCCAAACUCUGGAUUUGGAUGAUAAAUCUGUUCAGAGUAAA